AUGGCGGCUGCUGCUCCAUCUCUCAGAUCAUUCUUCACCUUAAAAGCACAAAACAAAAGUGCUUGGGAAAGUAAGUUUUCCUGUCGCCAGGGGAACCUUAAAUUGAAGUGCUCGAGAGACAAAGAGGUGGAUGUCAGCACGUCUGCUUUGGUUGAUGGAGUUUCCGAAUGCACAAAUGAAGAAGAAAUCAGACAGACAACUCUUCAAGUGGAGCCAAGUGUUUCCACCAUGUUGAUGAAUUUUUCCAACGACUUUGAUCCUUACGAGGCUUUAAGCACGCCACUCUAUCAAACAGCAACUUUCAAGCAGCCUUCAGCUACGGAAGGUGGAGCGUAUGAUUAUACAAGAAGUGGAAAUCCUACUCGGGAUGCCCUAGAAAGACUUCUUGCGAAGCUCGAUAAAGCAGACCGAGCACUAUGCUUCACCAGUGGAAUGGCAGCUUUAGCAGCUGUUACUCGUCUUGUUGCAACAGGCGAGGAGAUUGUUUCUGGUGGUGACAUGUAUGGUGGUUCGGAUCGCUUAUUGUCGCAAGUAGUUCCAAAAUCUGGAGUUGUGGUUAAGCAUGUAGAUACGACAAACUUUGAAGAUGUUGCUUCUGCAAUUACCCCCCGCACAAAGCUCGUGUGGUUGGAGAGUCCAACGAACCCUCGCCAGCAGAUCUCCGACCUUCGCAAAAUCACCGAGCUUGCACACGCUCGUGGCACUCUUGUGUUGGUGGACAACAGCAUCAUGUCUCCUGUGCUGUCUCAACCCUUAGAGCUCGGAGCAGAUAUUGUGAUGCACUCAGCUACAAAGUUCAUUGCUGGUCACAGCGACCUUAUGGCUGGUGUGCUUGCUAUCAAAGGCGAGAGCUUGGGGAAAGACCUAUAUUUCCUACAGAAUGCAGAGGGGACAGGGUUAGCUCCGUUCGACUGUUGGCUAUGUUUGAGAGGCAUAAAAACUAUGGCUCUACGUGUCGAAAAGCAACAGGAAAAUGCACAAAAGAUCGCUGAGUUCCUCGCGUCUCACCCUCGCGUGAAAAGGGUCUAUUAUGCCGGUCUUCCCGAUCAUCCAGGACGAUCAUUGCAUUACUCUCAGGCGAAGGGUGCUGGAUCCGUGCUGAGUUUCUUAACGGGGUCGUUGGAGCUCUCCAAGCAUGUUGUUGAAACGACAAAGUAUUUCAGCAUAACUGUGAGCUUCGGAAGUGUCAAGUCCCUCAUCAGCUUGCCCUGCUUCAUGUCUCACGCAAGCAUACCAGCAGCGGUACGCGAGGUACGAGGCCUGACCGAGGAUCUCAUACGUAUAUCCGUCGGGAUUGAGGAUGUUGACGACUUGAUCGCUGAUCUUGACCUCGCCCUACAAACAGGGCCUGCAUAACUCAUCUGCAUCGGGCCUUUUUUGUUUCUGGCAAAAUUUAUUCGAGAUAAAACUCUAAAAACAUGAUUGUAGAUGAAGUUUUUCUUUCUUUUUUCCCCCCUUUUUUCAAUACCAGUUCAUCCAAUUGCAGAUAUGCUACUAAUUACUGUUAAUAUAA